AUGCAGCUCCUUACUGUUGUCGGCGCGAUCGCCGUUUUGUCGAAUGUCGUUUCGGCGGUUCCUCAACCGAGCGAGAAAAGUGAACAAAUUCAAGAAAAACGAUGGGGUUGGCCGUGGAGUACGGAUUCUGGCAAGGGUGGCCAUGGUUCGUGGGGUGGCGAUGAUGAUAAUGACGACGACGAUGACGAUGAUGAUGAUGAUGAUGAUUCGAAUACUUCGAUUCGAUCACUCUUACCAUUUACACAUCCGCAUCUAGUGGCUGAAGAAACGAGAACUAGUACGACGGUUUCUGGUACUUCUUUUUCGACAUUCGUAUCGAGCUCGUCUAUUGCUCGUUCUUCGGCAACAAAUGGUUUGAUUUCCGGAGGUGGAGGUGGAAGUCUCGAGACUACUAUCUCGAUUAUUUCUACAGUUACAGAUUCGAUUCUUUCGGCUACUCCUGUUGUGAUCGGAAUAUCAACAUUAACCUCACCAUCAUCUACCCUUUCAGCAACCCUCAUCAUCGACAACACAUCUCUCACUCUCUGCUCCGCACUCCCCACUAGCAUCAUUACCGUAACUGAGAGCUGCACGAGUACAGCAUGGAUUACGGUUAUCGAGAGCGGAACUUGGACGAUUACUCCUCUGCCAUCUACUCCCGUAUCGACUCCUUGGACCACUACACCGUUACCUUCGGGCUCUCCUUCGGGCUCACCAUCAGGAGUCCCAGUCACAGGGGGAAAUUCAACUGGGAUCUGGACGGUGACUCCAGCGGAGACCUCGAGUAGAGUUUGGACGACGAGUAGGGGGAAUGCGAGUGUAACUUCUGCGGUGGAAACGGGAACAGCAACGACCACAGGUUGGUCUAGUGUAAGUGCAGGACCUUCUGUAUCGGGUAAUUCAUCAUCGUGGGUAUUAUCUUCGUUGUCAUCGAUAUCCGCGACAUCGACUCCGGAGAUUUCAACUCGGGAAUCUACUUCGACUACGCUUCUUUUUUCUACGACUACUAUUGCUUAUUCUUCCUCCUCCUCCUCCUCCCUGUCCACUCCCAUCUCCAGCUCCUCAACCCUCCCCUCCUCCUCCACCUUCUCCAUCCCCGCCCUCCCCAUCUCAACCGGCACCACCGAUCUUCACCCCAGCACCACCAUCGCUUUUACUACUACCGUCACCACUAUCCAAGCCAGCGGAACCCCCAAUCCCGCAGCUGUACAUUGUGGACUCCAUGGUUUACCGGUUGGAGAUUAUUUCUUGGCCGAGUUUGUAGAGGAUAAAGCGGGGGUUGCUGUUACCUUACAGGGGUGUUGGGAAUUUUGUGAUGGCGUCUACGGCAUAGACAAAGGUUGCGUAUCCUACUCCUUCUAUCCAGAACCCGGCACCGGCGCACCUAGAUGUGAUCUUUUUGGGGGAAGCGUGGCCCAGAGCUUGGAUAGCAUUAUUCCGAGUGUGCCGAAUGUGUGGUUUGAUUUGGAGUGUGGGGAUCCGAGUUUGAGGGGGUGA